AUGGAGCAUGUUAUGGAAAUCCUUAAAAAAAUCCAAGACGAUCUAUGCAACCAAAAACAGGAAAUAAAAAACAUGCAAGAAAAUAUCACUAAAGCUAUUAACGACAAUAUUAACCAAAAAUUUACAAUUAUGGAAGAUAGAACAAGCAACCUGGAAAUAAAAAUAAAUCAGCAGCAAAAAACUAUAGAUUAUUUAGAAAGACAGGCUAGAAAGAAAAAUCUCGUAUUCUAUGGAGUAGAAGAGACCGAGCAGGGAUACGAGGAAUUGCAAAAUACACUAUUACGUUGCAUAAGAAAUUAUAUGAAGAUUACCAUCGAACAAUCUGAAAUAGAAUUUGUGAGAAGACUUGGCAAAAAAGAGAACAAGAUAAGGCCUUUAUUGGUAACAUUUACGACACUAGGGCGGAAAAUCGAAAUUUUAAAGAAAAAAGGUGCACUGAAGGGCUCAGUCGUUAACAUUAAAGAAGAUUUUCCACCAAAUGUUUUGCUGAAGCGUAAGGAACUGCAAGAAGAAGUAGAAAAAGAACGUAAACUCGGAAGAAAUGUUGUAUUACGUUAUGACAAAAUAGUAAGAUUGCCAGGAAAUUUCAAAAAUAGGAAUUACAUGUCAGAUACAAGGAAACAAAAACGAAAUCUGUCAGCAUCCCCAGAACACCAAAUUACCUUAGUCAACGAAAGCAAUGCCAGACAGGUAUCAAAGAAAAAUAAAACAAAUAAUAUUACAUCCUACAUGAACAACAUAACACUGAAAAAAGGAUUAGAGUCCAGCUCGACUGAGAGACACACACAAUCAAAAAACGAGUAA